GUUGCUUAUAUCAUUCUUGGAAAGGGACUAAAUCAGGAACCAGUAACUUUGGGGACGUGGCCAAAUACUGACAGGUUUGAUUUCUGUUUGUGCAAGUGUCCAUGUGGUAGUGGGGCCAAAAAUCUCCCAGGUUUUGAAGGUCACCAUUUGUGACAUUUAACAAUUCGUAUGUUAAUUUAGCUAUAGAAAAUAUUCAGUCUCUGGUACUCACUCAGUCAAGUAAAAUAGAACACCAUAGAACAUGUUUUGUAAAAGUGUAAUUAAACACGAAAUAUAAUCCAUACAAAACUAGUUUAUUCAUCUAGUUACUAGUCUCCAGGCAACAAUUUAAAGCUCUGUCUGUCUGCAAAAUUAGUUGGGACUUUUAUAGUCUCUCAUUGAAGAACACAGCUAGGAUUUACUGACUCAGCACUUAUAUAUUCUGAAAUCUAAAUUUAAAUAUACCCUAUUGAUUACAGGUGUAAACUUAUAUAAAACAUAUAAAGCUUGGUUUAUAAACGGAUCUUUUCUUCAUAUAGUCCAUUUACUAAUAUUUUCUAUCCCAAAGACUGGAGGUGUGAUGAGAUACAUCACAUUAUAUCUGCCUUUUCAAAAUAGUCGAUGGAAAGUUUGGUCUAUCUCCUGAUUAUACUAUGGGUCAAACACCAGACUUAUUUGUACCUGAGGGACAGAACAAGCAAAUGUUACUGCUAAGGGUUUCCUAUGUAGUGGAAGCAGAAAAAGGCUGGCAGGAAGCUGUGUUGAGGAUUCUAUUUCUCUAAGGCCAGUUCACAUACAGCUCCUACUCUUCCAUGGAGUACCCACUGAGAUGACAGCAACAGAACCCAACAUUCUGAAAUCCCCCUCGACAAAUUUCACUGUUUCUGUUUUUUUCUUUAUAGUAUAACGAAUUACUGCUAGGGCGUAGGGUAUAUGCAAGCAGCAGGAAUAUCUGGCCCGAAAGUGCUGCCAACAGACAGACCUUUGGCGGUGGGGUGCGGGAGCCAGCGCGCCAGACCCCCUGCAGGCGACUGACUCUUCAUUCCUCCCUGCCUGGGGUGAGUGGGCGGGGGUCGGGAGACGUUUUCCCCUUCCCCUUUUGAAAGGGUAUGGGGCUUCGCGUGGCCUUGUCUAGGGCGGCGCCCAGGCUGCAGGGUAUGAAGCCGGCUGCUGCUCCUCUGGCGCACUCCUCGUGGAGGCUAUUAUUUCUAGCAGUGCGCCUUCUUCCGAGGGCAGAGGUCUGGGGCCGAGUGUUCCCUCCCCGCGACUCAGCUGGUGUCCAGCCCUGUCGGGAUCGAUAUUCCCGGAGUGCGCGAGCGCUAGCAGGACCACCGAAAUCACAGUCUUGGCCCACCCUAGGGCUUCCGGGCAGCCAGAGGCUGUCCUAGGCUUUCUCGUUGGCGCUCGCUACAGGCGGUGCCGGACCUCGCCCAGACUGAGCACUCCCCUCCCCCCCCCGAUCCCACCACGGCUCCCGAAGGGACACAGCCUGGACCCCUCCAUUCUCUGCCUGUGUAUUUAAGUAGCACAACCUAACCGGCUGCUCCCACUGGGUGACAACCCUACUCCGGACAGACGUGCCUAUCAGCCAACCACCGACCAGAACUGGCGAGCAUCCCGCUCUCGGAUCUGUGGCGGCCUCGGUGGGCGGGGCUAAAGCAGCUAGCAAGUUAAGUGGAGCCACGACUGACGCGAGUCAACAAAGGUCACGUGAGGCGAGGGGCUGCUCUGGUUGGCUGCGCCGAGCGGGCUGUGAGGGGGGGGUCACGGCAGCGGCGUGGGGUUCGCUGUGUGACACAAUUACAACAACUUUGUGCUGGUGCCGGGGAAGUUUGUGUCUCCUACGAAUCCCCCCCAGAGCUCCCGCUCCUCGCGCGCUCCGGCCAUUCCCGCCGACCCUGCCUGUGGCUGCCCCCUUCCCAUCCCCGCGAUGUGACCCUACAGCCGAGCCGUCGCCGCUCCGGACCCAGUGGUUCCACAGCCUCUGCUGCCUCUGCCUUCACCUCUACCGCGUUAGGAUUUUUCGCUGCCGCCUCUCGCGGCAGAGGAGGAGGCAGAAAUAAAGUUGGUGUGCCGGUCUUGUGCGGAGAUUGGAGGCGUCCUUGCGGGCUCCGGCCCGGAGAGGGGGGGUGUCGGCGUUGGAGUUGUGAAUUCGCUGCGUUUCCAUGAAAUCCUGCGGAGUGUCGCUCGCUACCGCCGCCGCCGCCGCCGCCGCCGCCGCUUUCGGUGAUGAGGAAAAGAAAAUGGCGGCGGGAAAAGCGAGCGGCGAGAGCGAGGAGGCGUCCCCCAGCCUGACAGCGGAGGAGAGGGAGGCGCUCGGCGGACUGGACAGCCGCCUUUUCGGGUUCGUGAGGUUUCAUGAAGAUGGCGCCAGGAUGAAGGCCCUGCUGGGCAAGGCUGUUCGCUGCUACGAAUCUCUAAUCUUAAAAGCUGAAGGGAAAGUGGAGUCUGAUUUCUUUUGUCAAUUAGGUCACUUCAACCUCUUAUUGGAAGAUUAUCCAAAAGCAUUAUCUGCAUACCA